AUGAGAGAUGGCCAUUUGUCCAGCGAGAGUGGGACUUUAAUAAAGUCAAGUCAUCAUAAUUCCAUCCGCUCAUCCCUUUCUCAAACCAUCAAUAUUCCCAAGGGACCAGCAGCAAUGAUGAGAGUGUAUCCGCCUACUCCUGAAAAUGAAGUUCGAUCACAGUCAAAGCCGACCUGGUCUAGCACUAUUAGCACAAAUAGUUCUCUAGUAAAUGGAACAUCUAACGAACCAAUGGUAGAAGGGAGAAGCUAUGCGAGUGGCGAAAAGGAGAUUCCGAAGAAUUCAAAUCAUCAUGACAUUGUGAGCACACCUCUCACCCAUCUCAAUUGUUCACAAGGAGCAACUGCCACAUUGAAGGGAACGCCCACGUCUGGAAAUAGAUCCGAAAGCUUCGAAAACUCGUGUCUUGGAGAUGAUUUAGAUGUAAGUCUUACCUAUCUGAUAGAAAACACGCCCAAGGCCGAUCUUAGACUUGCAAGCAGAAGUAAUACCUCUACCGCUGGUCAAUCUUCUGCGCAAGAAAGGGUGAAUACGCCUCAGGCACAAUCUCACGCUAUCCCACCGCCUCCAAAAAUCAUGGGAAAUAGGGAGGACGUCGAAUCACAGCAGGGCUGUAGUCAAGGAGCAGAAAAUUUGUCACCGAGACCGUCAGCACCAGCGGGUUUACAUCCUACUUCGGGAAAGAUCCCUUGUCCUGACGCUGCCGCCCAUAGUCCUCCAAUCGAAUUAUCCGCAGGUAAGCGAAAGAGAACAAUUUCCGAUCUUGACGCAUUACCACAAAGCGAGAGGGCGCUCUGGGAACGCCCUCGCUAUGGCAUAUCCGUCCCGGCAAGCCCCACAGUUGCCGAAAUGUUGAUGUCACUUAAGGCGGCAGGAUAA